AAAAUCUUAGAACUGUUCUUUGAUCUUUUAUGUAUUGAGUUGCAUUGUAAACAACUGGACAGUCUGAUCAAUUGACAUUCAGUUAACAGAAAUUUUAGGCUUGAGAAACUUCAUGGUAAGUAUCCCCUUUGAGUAUAGGAGCUGGCUUUUUCUGCAUUCAUUCUUUGUAGAUUAAAAAAAAGAUUCUCCUUUUUUAACCAUGUGAGCAUCAGCGUUCAGACUUAAAAAGAAAUGCAUUGUUUCUUGAUUUUCGAGUUUUCUCUAUUGGCUUGAGCCUGACUUUAAGCACUUUCCUCCCCUUUAAAAAAAGUACUAUAUAUAACUCAUUCAACUUGUGUAGUCCCUAUUAAAAAUAAAUAAAGCAAAAUCAGUUUUUCAAAUGUUGAAAAACUUAUUUGGGGAGUAGGGGAGAAAAUUAUUUGGCAAGUGUGUGUGUGUGUGUAUGGGGGGGGGAGUUUAGUAACAUUACCAAAUCCUAGUGAUUCAGCAAACAUCUAUAGCAAAUGGUAAGACCAAGUUUCCCCUGAGUUUUGUCUCUGAAGAGAAGAUGGUAUUUCAGACUAUAAUGAUGUGAAUGUGCAUCCAAACGUGCAUCCACAGCAGGAACAUCGGGGCACAUUUUAAAACUAGCUUUCGCUAUUGCAACAUUGAUUUUCUCUCAGAAUACUCAAAAUUGACCAGGCCUAGACUUAGCUGAUAAGAGAAGACUUAUUGUACUUCACAGUUUGGUAGGAAAUUGUUUCUCAAAAUGAGAGUGCCAAACAGCAGCAGAGACGUUGCAUGUGGUUCCACAGAAAUAAAACUUGUCUAUUAUGACAUGGUAUUUAUUACAUGGAAACAGAUGCAUGGAUUGUAUGAACUGAAAUGGGACAAUUAGUUGCAGCCCUCCAGCUUUUUAAUACAAAGGCCUUUUGAAAACAUUCUCAUAUGUGGGAAUAUGACUCCUCCCUUUUUCUCUAGAGUUGAGACACUUGCAAGAAGUGGUACUGGAACUAACCUAACUCCCACCCUGCCAGAGGCUUUGAUUGUUUCAUUGUUCACUCAUCUCCAGCAUCUGCUUCAACUGCAGUAGCGUCCACAAUUCAGAAACUAUAAUAAAACAUUGGUUAAAACCAACCAAUGUAACAAGAUAUUAAAGACAUGUAAAGCAGCUGCUGAAAGUAAAUUAGCUCAAGAACUGAUCUACAGCUGCUGCUAUUUUAGCCCAUCAAAAGCACCUUCUUAAAUAAUCACUGCCUGUGAACAGUCAUCAAAGUAGGGGCCAUAGAGACUAUUGUUAGACGGGUAUUUCAUAGACUGAAUGGUACAGUGGAGAAGACCUGGAUCCAUGCCUUUCUAUUUCACACGUGUGCAAGAAAAAAAAGGGACAUGGAACAGAGUCUCCCCAGCAGGUUGGGCAGGUUGGGAAAGUAGAGAUGGGGAGGUUUAUAUGGAGGAAGGAACUUUCACUGGUAUGUAGGAUCCAAGCUGUUAACUGCUUUAAAAAUGAGAACCAGCACUUUAAAUUGGGCCUGGAAGCAAAUAGGCAGAUAGUGCAGCUGAUAAAACAGGCAUAAUAUGUUCUUUAUAAGGUGAACGGUUGGCUCUUACACCAUCUGCAUCUUUCAAACAGGAGGCAGUCCUGUGUAGAGUUCCUGGCAGCAAUCCAAAUAGGUUACAAAAACAUGGAUGACAGAGGCUAGGUGCCUGUUUGAGAGGAGCCGCCAAAAUUUCCUCAGAUGUUACUAAUAAAGUAUAUUAGGGAAUUUGAACACUUGUGUGCACAUACAUACAGAAAUCUGCCAUUUUGCUGCCUAUUCUCAGUGCUGUGAACAGUUUAUUAAAAAAUAGUUUUUAUUCCACGUUUCGAUCUAGAAGGAUUUUCAAGGUGGCUUAUAUAAAAUAAUGGAGUAUAAUUGCAUUAGGGCUGCUUCUUCGAAACACUUCAUUCUUUCCUUUCAUCCUGCAGAAUGCAGCUCCCAUGUUUCUAUUUAGGGCAGCAAGAUUGAAUCAUGUAUAACCAAUCCUAAAAACUGCACUGGUGGUUUGUGUGCCACUGGGCCUAAUUCAAGUUAUUAGUAAUGGUUUGCAAAGUCUUAAACAGCUUAGGACCCAAACCUCCCUUUCCUGCCAACUUGAUCCUUAAGAUUAGCAAUGGGAGGCUAUUGCAGUCCCCCAUCAGGAUUUGGGGAGCAAGGAUCUGUAGAAGGGCCUUCUCCAUAGUGGGAUCUGAAUUACCCCCCAUAGGUAUGCCUAUCACUCCCACUUUGGUUUUCAGACGUCAUUUAAAGACAUUUUUAUUCAUCUAGGCUUUUGUAGUUUAAAUGUUUAACCUUUGGCAACAGUACUGGAACCAGUGUUUUAAUGAGUUAAUAAUUGUUUUAGUGGUACGUUUUUACUGUUUGUGUUAUGAUGGAUAUAUGUUUGUACAUCACCCUGAGCUCCUUUGGAGGAAUCAUGACAAACAAAUAAACAAACAAAUAAUAGAAUGGCAUCUUACUCUCAUGGUUGGCAAGUGAUUGGUCCUCUGUCUGGUUUCAUGCUUAUUAUUCUCUUUCCCAGGACUCUAGGACUUGUUGCUGAGCAGGGGCAGAGGGAGGAUCCAAGUGCAGCAGCUGUACCUUGGGUCAUCCAUUAAGCAAUAGUAGUUGGUCCUGGAACUUUUCUCAGUACAGAGAAAAGUUUGUAACCUUGGGUUACAAACACUUCGGGUUACACACUAACCCGGAAGUAGUACCUUGGGUUAAGAACUUUACCUCAGGAUGAGAAUAGAAAUCGUGCGGCGGUGGCAGCAGGAGGCCUCAUUAGUUAAAGUGGUACCUCAGGUUAAGAAUGGUUUCAAGUUAAGAACGGACCUCCAGAACGAAUUAAGUUCAUAACCAGAGGUACCACUGUAUACUUCUAGACUUGCAUUUCUUUGAAACUCUGCUAAUUAUUUUCAUACAAAAUGCCAUUAAUGCACAAUUUUACUGUUCAGAUGCUUUUGCAGGUUACGAUUCAUUCAUUCACUCAUUCAUUCAUUUGGAGUAUUUACACCCCACCUACUAACCAAAGUAAGCAACUUACAACAUAUUUAAAAUGUAGCAAAAUAGGCAAGAGUUACCAGAGAGGCAAAAGUGUUACCAUACACCCCCAACCCCCCCUCAAAAUGACCCUACUACUACAGUCAUACCUCAGGAUACGUCAGCUUCAUGUUGUGUCUUUUCAGGUUAUGGACGCACCGAACCCGGAAGUCCCAGAACGAGUUACUUCCAGGUUUGGUGCGUCUGUGACCUGUGCGCAUGCGCAGAAGUGCUAAAUUGAGCUUUGCGCAUGCGCAGAAGCGCUGCAUUGCGGCACGCGCAUCCAGAUUCGGCGCUUCAUGUUGCAGCCUUUUCAUGUUGUGAACGGGCUGCUGGAAUGGAUCCUGUUCGCAACAUGAGGUACCACUGUACUUUGUUUUUGGAAAUUUGGGUUAGAGCAGAUCUAAUGUUGGUUAAUAAGAAAAAGGUCUGGUUCAGAGUUUUAAGGUGCACACCUCUGUUCAUCACUGUAAAUUAAUGGUUACCUUCUGCUUAAUAUCUCUAGAGCCAUUUACAAUUCAUGUUCUUAUUCUCGUACUUUUAUUACUGAAGGGCUAUAGGACUCUAAAUGUGAUAUGCUUUCAUUAGCUAAUCCAGUUGCUCACAGAAUGUUGUAAGAAGUCUUUGAGGAAAACAAGAAAGCAGAUGCUGUUGCAAUCUGUGUGAAACUACUGGGACGUGUUUUGGCUAUUGGUAGUUUAUCCUAAUACUGGCCUGCUGCUUUGGAUGUUAAAACAGUAAGUUAUAGCUUCAAAAUAAGAAAUGAACUUCAUUGCAUUAUAGAGUUAUGGCAACAAGCCUGUUCUGAUAAAAGAAUUGUGUUAUGCAUGGCAGGACAAUGAAAUGUUGCUGGAAUUUUAUUGUUUAAAAUUUGCAGUUUCUUCCAUUUGGUUGAGUGAAAUUGAGGUGCUCAGCCCCUUAUUUAACUUUAGAGGACCUUUGAGGACACAAUUGCCUUGGAAGUACCAACUGCUAGCAGGGGACAACUGGCCUUCAUCAUGGGGCUGAGUGAGUUCCAGCUGCUCACCUCUACUACUUUGCCUCAAAGGACCUGCUGCCUGGCAACUGGUAGCAAGAAAAUACUGCUUCCAUCAUGGAAUGAGCAAGAGCCAGCUGCUUGGCCAUGCUCCUUUGCCUCAAGAUUUUAGUGAGGGCUGUUCCUGGUAUGACAUCAUGAAAGAGCAAGGAUGCAAGCAGAAAAUGUUGCCUAAAUAAUUCUGGUUCCAUGCAGAUACUGUGUAGUUUUUAUUUCUGUAAGCCACUUUGAGAGCAUCUCAGGGAGCAUCUUGGGAAUAUAGAAUGGGGAUUGAAGUAUUCUAAAUACCGGUAAUAGUAAAUUUGGAUAGGGAUCUUCACUCUCUCUUGUAAUUUGAUGGUUUAUUUUCUGUUAUUAGGGGACAUUUGGUGUGUUUCAUAGGUUGCUUCUCCCUGUGUUCUAAAAGUGGCUAUAAGAAUAAAAGGACAACUUUCCAGUAGGAAUUUGGCACCUUGUGGGGCAGCUUUUGAUUUUUAUGGCAAGGAUUUAUUGGGUACAGUAAAUGCUGUCAGGGUGUGUGGAGGUUAGCAAUUUCUCAGUGCAAUACUGCCUUGCCAAGUCAUCCUUGUUCUGCCCCCCCCCCCUUAUAGCCGUUUAUAUAGCUGAUGAAUGCUGUAUUGUGACCAGUGUCUUGGAUUUAACCUUGUGUAAACUGCCACUUUUGACCUGAUACUAAUAUAGAUACUACAAUGUGCUCUGAGAUAUGGAUGUAUGAGACAUGUGCAACACAAUUCUAAACACAUUUACUGAGAGGUAAGCCUCAUUACCCUCAAUGACUCAUACUUCCUAUUAAAUGUGGUUAGAAGUGCAGCCAUGCAACCCAUGCCAGUGUUUUUGGUUGACUGUUCAGAUUUCAUGUUGGCCUUGCUCUUUCUUUGUUGAACAAGUUCAUGGAUUACAUGAAACAAAUGAAGUAGAAAGACAUAGGAUUUAAGUUUUGAAAUAGGGAUAGCCAAUGUGGUGCUCUCCAGGUGUUCUGGGCUCCAGUUCCCAUUGGCCUCAGCCAGCAUGGCUAAUGGUCAAGGUUGAUGAAAGUAUAGUUCAAAAACAAAUGGAGGGCAUCACAUUGACUACUCCUGUCUAUUAGUGAAAGAGGCUUGGAUUAGAGUCAGACACGACUAAACGACUAAACAACAACAAACACGACUAAAUGACUAAACAACAACAAACACGACUAAACGACUAAACAACAACAAACAAACAGCAAAAGAUAUUAAGAUUACUGCUUGCUGAAUGUUUCCUGCAGAGCAGGGGUAGCCAACAUGGUGCUCUCCAGAUGUUGUGAACUGCAACUCCCAUUGUUUCCCACCUUUGGGCAUGCUAGCUGGGACUAAUGGCAGUUGUAGUCCACAACAUAUGGAGGGCACCAUCUUGGUUACCACAGCUAUAGAUGAUACUUUGUGUGUUUGGUGGCUCCCUAAACCUUUUUUUUUUGCUAUAGUUCUGAUUCAUUGUAUGCUUUGUGAUUCAGUUUACAGCAACAUUGAUUUCCCCUUUCCUACCUUUGUUCACUAAAUAAAUGUGGGCUAAUUGGGUAAGUUGCACAUGAAGAGCAUUGGAAACAUGCAUGAUAUGAAUUGGAGUCUUAUGCUCUCAAGUGAGCCAAGGCUCUUCCAUGUGCUUCUGUUAACCUAUCCUUAAUUUGUAUUUCCCAGGUGUGUGGGAGCCUUGAUUUGCACCAUCAAAAGCCUGGUGGAAAAGGAAAGUGUUUACUUGGUACCAAAAGUAUGUCAAUAAAGGCAUAAAAUGGACCUAACUUAGAGAUCAAGGCAGGGCUCAUUAUGUGGUUGGGUGGAUUAUUUUGGGUUCCAGGCAAGAUAUUCAUGAGCUGAGGCACUUUGGAUUUUUUUUCAAGUUCUCCCAAGUAUUAAAUAUUAAGUACUGGGUUGUUCCAUGACAUCCCAUGCUUCCUCCUCAGAGGAGGUCUCUGGUGUUUUGGUUGGCAACUGGCAUCUGCAUUCAUUUAUUAUGUAUUGAUUAAACAGGCUUUCACACGAUUGCUAGAAUUAUUCUGUAUGUACUUGGAGUUGAAAGCAGUAGAAACACUUUUCCAAAAUCUGAUAAACAUCACCUGGUAGAUAUCUAGCAUUCUUUCAGAAUAUUGAUGAGUGAAACCAAUGUAUAAUAGUGAUGGGAUAUCCCUUGGAAUGUCCAGGGCACACUCUCAUGCCAGAUCAGAUUCCCAAAGAGGUUGAUGUGGAAAGAUAAAGUGUGAGCGACUCCAAGUGUGAAGGGGGAGUUUUCUCUGUUCCCAGUUUGCACAAGGAAUGGAAACAGGACAUGAGGAAGUGCAGUUGUAAAUGGUUGAGGGUAGAACAAACACAUAAGUCUUCUGCAUAAUGGUAUUCGUAUUUUCUUUGUAAAAGGUUUAGUUAGAUUAAAUCUUAAAGAUGAUUGGCUUUACCCAUGUGAUCAUACAGUUGUGUAAUUGUUUUAAAAAUUAAAAACAUCAGUGUUUGAAACAAAUUAAGCCUAGGUGUUCCACCCAUUCAGAGCACCAUCACCCCUGGUGCCAGUCAUACAGAAAGAAAGAAAAACCACAUCACUCUCAGAUUGCACUCAGAAUGGAUUAUGAAAGUUAAUCAAAUGUAUGCACAUUAACUUUAUGUAAACUUGAUUUAUUACACUGGUGAGCAAAGCAAUUCCUCAAGAAAAUUCCCCUGAGAACUCUCUCUGUUAACUUUCCUUAGUAAGGAAAGUUUCUUUCCUUGCGAUUGAUUAAAAAUAUCUGUCUUGGUAAGCAGCUGUUGUCUUGGGUCAGCAGUCUGGAAGUUGUUCUCAAUAAAGUAAAAUUUGUAAUGAGAACUCCCUAGUUUCAUAUUAUGCCUUGUUAGUUUGUAGUAUUUGAUGAGACCAGCUUUCAUAAAUCCAGUUGAUAGUGUGCUUGACCUGAAAAUAUAUUCAGAUCCAACCUCGGUGGUGUAUUUGCUAUGUGAUUUGGGUUAGGUAACUUACCGUGUUUCUCCAAAAAUAAGACACCACCUUAUAUUUAUUUUUCCUCAAAAAAACACACGGUGGCUUAUUUUCAGGGGAUGUCUUUUUUUUUUUUAAAUUAAGUACCGGUAUGGUACAGUUAACCUACAAGGUUAAACUGCCUAUCACUAUGGCUUAUUUUUGGGGUAUGGCUUAUUUUCGGAGAAACACGGUAAUUCUGCCUAUGACAUAAUUCAUAUGGUGAGUUCUAUGAUGACAGGAAGUGAUUUAGCAGCAGUAAACGUUUGUGCUCUAUCUUGCUCAAAGAUUUUUUUUAAAAAAGCUGAAACUGUCUUGACUGGAAAAUACUUUUAUUCUAAAUACUACAAAAUACAUUUGAAAAUGAAAUUGCCACAAAUCAAUUCUUACGAAGAGUUAUUUAAAAAUGCUUGACAAGAGUAUCCAUGUAGUGAAAUGAACAUGAAUCAGGUGUUCAGUGAACCAUAGCUAAUAAGAGAGUGACUUGCUGUUUGUUAAAUCUCCAACCACGCAAAGUUUUUCUUGUAAGACUUCACAGGCCAUCUACUAUGUGUUAGAUUUGGCAUGAAAAUGCUGGACCUGAGCCCAUCAUUCUGCAACCUGAGGAAGAUCUGUCUUGAAUGUGCUGCAAUUACAGUGGUCUCUCUGGAGAAUCUGAUGAUGAUAAUAGUAAUGCUAUUUUGGUGGGGAUGGAAUGUUAACAAUUACAGAGAGAGAUACCAAUUUGUAUUGACCUCUUGGAAACUUCUGACGGGUUCCUUGAAAUAUAUAUUCACUAUCUAGAUUUCCAUGAGGACAGCCUUGCAAGGAGUGGAUGGCACUUGUGUAGAUUUUUGGCACUUGUGAUCUGGUGUCUCUCGGUGACUCAUUCCCCUGCACUGAGACAGUAAAAGCCAUGAAGGUUGUACCAGAGAAGAAUGCUGUUCGAAUCCUUUGGGGCCGAGAACGGGGCACACAAGCUUUGGGAGCACAGCGUCUUCUGCAGGAGUUGGUAGAAGACAAAACCCGUUGGAUGAAAUGGGAGGGCAAGAAGGUUGAGCUGCCAGACAGUCCACGCUCCACCUUUCUGCUGGCAUUCAGUCCAGACAGGACCCUUAUGGCUUCUACUCAUGUGAAUCACAAUAUUUACAUCACUGAGGUGAAAACGGGCAAAUGUGUUCACUCUCUAGUUGGGCAUCGUCGCACACCAUGGUGUGUAACCUUUCAUCCUACCAUUCCAGGGCUUAUUGCUUCAGGGUGCCUUGAUGGAGAGGUUAGAAUCUGGGAUUUGCACGGUGGAAGUGAGAGCUGGUUUACAGAUAGCAACAAUGCCAUAGCAUCUUUGGCUUUCCAUCCAACGGCCCAGCUCCUGCUAAUUGCAACAGCCAAUGAGAUCCACUUCUGGGACUGGAGUCGCCGAGAGCCUUUUGCAGUUGUGAAAACAGCCAGUGAAAUGGAGAGAGUCCGACUAGUUCGGUUCGAUCCUCUUGGGCAUUAUUUACUCACAGCAAUUGUUAACCCUUCCAAUCAACAGAAUGACGAAGAGGUGGAAAUACCUGUGGAUAGUACUGAAAUGCCACACUAUCGUCAGCGUUCCAUCCUCCAAUCUCAGCCUGUGAGACGCACACCACUCCUUCAUAACUUCCUGCAUAUGCUGUCCUCACGUUCUUCUGGUAUCCAGGUGGGAGAGCAAAACGCCAUGCAAGACUCGGCUACUCCCUCCCCUCCUCCUCCUCUCCCUCCUCCUCCACCACCACCACCUCCACCUCCACCACCACCACCUCCAGCUAGUGAAGCCUCUAGAGCAUCUGCCUAUAAUGGCCUCAGUGAGCCUGUCAAUUUCCCCUCAGUAAAAUGUUGCCAACAUCUGGGGGUGCUGUGCCUUUGCAGGCGAUGUUCUAGUGCAAGACUUCCUUCUCUUUUUCCGUCCCAGGACAACACCCCUUCCACAUCCUCUGGGUCCACUGGCACUUCCUUUUCUUCUGUGCAAAUGGAGCCUUACCAGCCCCAGGAGCAGGCAACUACAGCACAGCAGGAGCAGGGACUCCUUAACCGACCAUCUGCUUUCAGCACUGUACAAAGCAGUACUGCGGGCAACACCCUGCGCAACCUUAGCCUCGGCCCCACUCGUAGAUCCCUUAGUGGGCCUUUGUCUGGCCACUCGUCCAGAUUUCACCAGUCUACAAGAGAGAUGGCCUCUGGGUUGGAGGGUUCUGAGUGGACUCGAACAGUGUUGAAUAUGGGCCCUCGCUCUGAGUUGGAAGGUAUGCCUCCUCCUAGAACCAGUGCCUCUUCAGUGAGCUUGUUGUCGGUACUGAGACAGCAGGAAGGAAGCUCCCAGUCCUCUGUAUAUACUUCAGCUACAGAAGGGAGGGGUUUUCCAGCUCCUAGUGCUGAAGCUGAAAGCACUAGCAAUGCUGGUCCAAGCAAUCCAACCAGCAUUCGCAAUGAGUUUCAGUGUGACUUGAGGCGGUUCUUCUUGGAAUAUGAUAGGCUUCAGGAGCUAGAUCAGGGGAUAGGUGGUGAACCCAGUCAGUCACAUCAAGCCCAGGAGAUGCUUAAUAACAACAUCGAGCCUGAUAGACCUGGUCCUUCUCAUCAACAGACCCCACAUAGCAGUGAAAACAAUUCCAAUUUGUCACGGGGGCACCUGAACCGCUGUCGAGCCUGUCACAACCUGCUGACUUUUAACAAUGACACACUUCGCUGGGAAAGAAGUACACCUAGAUAUGCACCAGGGCAGGUCCAAAGCACAUUUGAAGGUGUGCCAUCCAGCAGUAGCCAGCUACCACCUUCCGAGAGAAUGGAAAGUAGAACUUCUCCCUCUAGCAGACUACCACCGGGAAGAUCUUCAAAUCCGCCAGAGGAAAGGACCGUGGGAGUGGUCUUUAACCAGGAGACGGGGCACUGGGAAAGAGUUUACAGCCAAUCUGCUUCAAAUAGACCUGGGAAUGUAUCACAGGACGCCUUAAACCAGGAAAUGCCUGAGGAAAGUUCAGAGGAGGAUUCACUUAGGAGGAGGCUAUUGGAGUCUUCACUCAUUUCAUUAUCCCGUUAUGAUGGGGCAGGAUCUCGGGAACAUCCAAUCUAUCCUGAUCCAGCUAGGUUGUCUCCUGCUGCUUAUUAUGCCCAGAGAAUGAUCCAGUAUCUUUCACGCAGAGAUAGUAUUCGUCAGCGCUCCAUGCGAUACCAGCAGAAUCGGCUCCGUUCAUCUUCAUCUUCUGCUUCCACUUCUGAGAAUACAGGUCCAUCUGUAGAAGGAAAUGAUCUGGAAUUUGAAGACUUUGAGGACAACGGAGACAGAUCAAGACAUCGAGCUCCUCGGAAUGCCCGCAUGUCUGCCCCAUCCCUUGGGCGCUUUGUCCCCAGGCGUUUCUUGCUGCCAGAGUACUUGCCUUAUGCUGGGAUUUUCCAUGAGCGGGGACAGCCUGGUUUGGCCACUCAUUCCUCUGUUAACAGGGUUUUGGCGGGGGCGGUGAUUGGAGAUGGGCAGUCUGCUGUAGCGAGUAAUAUUGCCAACACCACCUACCGGCUUCAGUGGUGGGAUUUCACCAAAUUUGACUUACCUGAAAUAAGCAAUGCCUCUGUGAAUGUGCUUGUUCAGAACUGCAAGAUAUACAAUGAUGCCAGUUGUGAUAUUUCUGCAGACGGGCAGCUCCUGGCAGCCUUCAUUCCUAGUAGUCAACGGGGCUUUCCUGAUGAGGGAAUACUGGCAGUAUAUUCCCUAGCACCACAUAACUUGGGCGAGAUGCUGUACACAAAGCGAUUUGGUCCCAAUGCUAUUUCUGUGAGCCUGUCCCCAAUGGGCAGGUAUGUCAUGGUAGGACUGGCAUCCCGUCGCAUCCUCUUGCACCCUUCCACAGAACAUAUGGUGGCUCAGGUCUUCAGGCUGCAGCAGCCACAUGGCGGAGAGACCUCAAUGAGGAGAGUAUUCAACGUCUUGUACCCAAUGCCUGCUGACCAAAGGAGACACGUCAGCAUAAAUUCUGCUCGCUGGCUGCCUGAACCAGGCUUGGGAUUGGCAUAUGGCACCAAUAAGGGGGACCUGGUGAUUUGCCGACCGGAGGCCUUAAACUCUGGGGUUGAGUACUACUGGGACCAGCUGAAUGAGACCGUCUUCACUGUGCAUUCCAACAGCAGGAGUACCGAGCGGCCUGGAACUAGCAGAGCCACAUGGAGGACAGACAGGGACAUGGGUCUAAUGAAUGCCAUAGGCCUGCAGCCACGGAACCCAACCACUUCUGUGACAUCACAGGGCACACAGACUCUGGCUCCUCAGCUGCAGAAUGCAGAGACACAAACGGAGAGGGAAGUUCAGGAACCAGGAGGUUCUGCUUCAGGGACUGCAGAAGGUGGUCCAGAAUAUGGGGCUUCUGGGGAGGAUGCUCUAAUCCGAAUCCAAAGGCUGAUGGCUGAGGGUGGCAUGACUGCUGUGGUCCAGCGAGAGCAAAGCACCACCAUGGCAUCCAUGGGUGGUUUUGGCAACAAUAUCAUUGUGAGUCACCGGAUCCACCGCAGUUCUCAAACUGGCACUGAAUCCAUUGGAACAGAUGGUAGCUCAGCUCAGCCGUCCACUUCCCAGGAGCUGUUAUCCGAGCUUGAAGGACGAACCCUUUCUGAGUCCAUGCAGGUGACAGAGCGUGGCUUGAGCCCACGGACAUCCUCUGAUGAGGUGGAGGGAGAAGAAGCUAGUGGGCAGAGCCUGUCAGAGCAGGCUCAGUCCUCGAUGGACACUGAGGGACCAGUUGAGUACAGUGACCUAAGUAAUAAUAACCAUCUUCCUGACAAUACCAACUUCUACAGUAAUGGUGGCACCAGUGGAGAAUCUCGGAACAGGUAGAGGUGAAUUGUAUUUUGGUGCUACUCUUGUACUGCUAAGCAGAGACUUGUACCUCACAACUGACCAGGAACUGAAGGAGUAGGAGAUUUUGGCUCUGACCAGAUGCUGGUAACUCAGUGGGCAUUGGUAUAUAGGGUGGGAGAUGAGAGGGAGACCAUCAGUUGUAUAGGAGGAUCCUUAAAAGAGGUUUUAUUCUGUGUCUUAGCUUCCCGCAUCCGUUUUGCUGCACAUUUUCUACAGUAGCUGUAAUAAACCUUGAUAUUCAGCUGAGCCUUAUGUAAAUUUCUCAGCUCACUGGCUACAGGAAUCCAUUAAGCUUUGCCCUAACCCUGCAGUGCUUUUAAUGUUACUCUUUGUUUUGGGUUUUUUGUUUUUUUUAAAAAAACCUCUUUCCCUUCUUUUGACUUACCAGCUAAUCAGAUAAAAAAGGACUGUAGUCUCUUCCUUUUGGAGAUCUGCAACCUUUAUUGAGUGUGUAUGUUUAAGUGCUACUGUGGAGGGGAUUUGCACCCCAGCUCUGCUACCAGAGUGGAAUUAUCUUCCAGGCCAGAGUUCUAUUCCCUGCCACCCUGCUAGCAAGUGCUAGGCAACUCUUCAGGAGUUGAAUAUUUGGAUGGCUUGAGAUAAUGCAGACUGGAUGAGGCAAGGUAGUCUUCUCCAGGGCUCUAUUCUACUCUUCUUUCCAGCCCAGAACUGGAGGUGGGGAGAGCUUUGCUUGGGCUUCACCAUCCCUUCAUGCUCAGGAACCUCUCGGGAGUGUGGGCCUUUUAGAGUAUCUACUUUGUAUGCAAGCAGGACCCUCUUAGGGGCUGCUGUGGGUGGGGCAACAUUAUAGUUGUAAAGCAUGUGGGUAGGGUGGGAACCGCACCCCAAUAAAAAUGGCACUUAGACAGAAGUUGCCCAGGACUUCGCACCCCUUGCUGUGCCAAUAAUAGUAAUUCAACCUGGCGAGGCUUGGCGGGAUCAUGGUGCCAUGGCCAGGUUGCACUUCCCUGGGUG